AACUCCUGUCACGAUGUACUCCUCCGAGGAGCUGUGGAACUCCACCGAGCAGGUCUGGAUCAACGGAUCCAGAACAAACUUCUCUCUAGGAAGACACGAGGACGAUGAGGAGGAGGAAGGAGACAAGCAUCCUUUCUUCACGGAUGCCUGGCUGGUCCCUCUGUUCUUCUCUCUCAUCAUGCUGGUCGGACUGGUGGGCAACUCUCUGGUCAUUUAUGUCAUUUCAAAACACAGACAGAUGAGGACGGCAACCAACUUCUACAUAGCAAACCUGGCUGCCACUGACAUCAUCUUCUUGGUGUGCUGCGUCCCCUUCACCGCCACCCUUUACCCCCUCCCUGGAUGGAUCUUUGGCAACUUCAUGUGCAAAUUUGUCGCCUUUCUGCAGCAGGUGACGGUGCAAGCCACCUGCAUCACCCUGACUGCUAUGAGUGGAGACCGCUGUUACGUGACAGUCUACCCCCUGAAAUCUCUUCGGCACCGAACCCCCAAAGUAGCCAUGAUUGUCAGCAUUUGCAUUUGGAUCGGUUCUUUCGUCCUCUCUACACCAAUUUUAAUGUACCAGCGUAUAGAGGAGGGCUACUGGUACGGCCCGAGGCAAUACUGCAUGGAGAGAUUUCCCUCUAAGACGCAUGAGAGGGCUUUCAUCCUGUACCAGUUCAUUGCUGCCUACCUGCUGCCUGUGCUCACUAUCUCUUUCUGCUACACUCUGAUGGUUAAGAGGGUUGGCCAGCCCACUGUAGAACCUGUAGACAAUAAUUAUCAGGUGAAUCUCCUGUCUGAGAGAACAAUCAGCAUCCGGAGCAAAGUUUCCAAGAUGGUGGUAGUGAUUGUGCUUCUCUUUGCCAUCUGCUGGGGGCCCAUCCAGAUCUUUGUCCUCUUCCAGUCUUUCUAUCCUAACUACCAGCCUAACUACGCCACAUACAAGAUCAAGACGUGGGCCAACUGCAUGUCCUACGCCAACUCCUCUGUCAACCCCAUAGUUUAUGGCUUCAUGGGAGCUAGUUUCCAAAAGUCUUUCAGGAAAACUUUUCCCUUCCUGUUCAAGCACAAGGUCAGAGACAGCAGCAUGGCUUCAAGGACUGCCAAUGCUGAGAUUAAGUUUGUUGCUGCGGAGGAAGGCAACAAUAAUAACGCGGUGAACUGAUCCCGAUCAUUUAACAUAAGAAGGAUAGGGACAGUUUUCUAAUGAGAAUCCUGAAAAAAAA